ACGCCACGCCUGCGCGAUAGAGCUCGCGCUCGGCGUCCUGCGCUCCUGGUAGGGUCCUGGCUGCCCCGCGGCGGCUCCAUGGCGGACUCCCGGGCCGAGUCGGAGCCCCUCUUGAGUCGGGCCCGGGGCGGCAGCGGCCGAGACUGCCUGGAGGGCUCAGCCGCUCGCCGCAGCGUCCGCGGCGGCCCUGGCACUCGGUCCCGGCGGGAUCUCUGCUUUGACCAGGCUGCUGUCUUCAUCGAAGAUGCGAUCCAGUAUCGCUCCAUUAACCACCGCAUGGACGCCAGAUCGGUGUGGCUUUACCGCUUGUAUUACUCAAACACGUGCCAGUGGAUAUUGAGCUUCACCAUUUUCUUGAUCCUGUUUUUGGCUUUUAUUGAGACCCCUUCCUCGCUCACUAGCACCGCAGACGUCCGCUACCGCUCGGCCCCCUGGGAUCCACCCUGUGGCCUGACCGAGAGCGUCGAGGUGCUCUGCCUGCUGGUCUUUGUGGCUGACGUCUCUGUGAAGAGCUACCUGGUUGGGUGGGCCCAGUUCCGGAUGAACCUCUGGCUGCUGGCCUACCUUGCAGUGCUGGUCGUGUCUCUUAUGGACUGGAUCGUGUCGCUGAGUCUGGUUUGCCAGGAGCCCCUGCGGCUUCGCAGGCUUUUGCGCCCCUUCUUCUUGAUGCAGAACUCCUCCAUGAUGAAGAAGACGCUCAAGUGUAUCAGGUCUUCGCUGCCGGAAAUGGCCAGUGUCCUGCUGCUGUUGGGGGUCCACCUGUGCGUCUUCACCAUGUUUGGGAUGCUGCUCUUCACAGGCGAGGAGCAGGGCGACGGGCAGGACCGGGAGAGGCUGAUGUACUUUCGCAACCUGCCGGAGGCUCUGACCUCCCUCCUGGUGCUGCUGACCACCGCCAACAACCCCGACGUUAUGACUCCUGCGUAUUCCAAGAACCGGGCCUAUGCCAUCUUUUUCAUAGUCUUCACCCUGAUAGGAAGCUUGUUCCUGAUGAACCUGCUGACGGCCAUCAUCUACAAUCAGUUCCGGGGCUACCUGAUGAAGUCUUUCCAGACCUCCCUGUUCCGGAGGCGGCUGGGAGCCCGGGCCGCCUAUGAGGUCCUCUCCUCCAUGACAGCAGAGGGAGAAGCCCACCGUCAAGAAGUCGGGGUGAGGCCCCAGGACUUCCUGCAGGUGCUUCAGAAAGUCCAGCUGGACAGCUCCCACAAACAGGCCAUCGUGGAGAAGGUGCAUUCCUACGGUGGCGACCUGUUACCAGCUGACGAGUUUCAGAAACUCUUCAAUGAGUUUGACAAAAGGGUGAUUAAAGAGCCCCCACCACGGCCCGAGUACCUGUCUCCCUUCCUGAAGAGUGCCCAGUUCCUUUUCAGCCACCGUUACUUUGACUACCUGGGGAGCCUCAUCGCCCUUGGGAACCUCCUGUCCAUUUCUGUGUUCCUGGUGGUAGAUGCAGACGUGCUGCCUGAGGACCGUGACGACUUCGUCCUAGGGAUUCUCAACUGUGUCUUCAUCCUGUACUACCUGCUGGAGUUGCUGCUGAAGGUGUUCGCUCUGGGGCUGCCGGGGUACCUGGCCUACUCCAGCAACGUGUUUGAUGGGCUCCUCACCGCCGUCCUGCUGGUUUUGGAGAUCUCAACUCUGGCUGUGUACCGAUUCCCACACCCAGGCUGGAAGCCAGAGAUGCUGGGCCUGCUGUCGCUGUGGGACAUGGCCCGGCUGGUGAACAUGCUCAUCGUGUUCCGGUUCCUGCGCAUCAUCCCCAGCAUGAAGCUGAUGGCUGUGGUGGCUAGUACUGUCCUGGACCUGAUCAGAAACAUGCGGGCUUUUGGCGGGAUCCUGGUGGUGGUCUACUAUGUCUUUGCCAUCAUGGGCAUCAACCUCUUCCGUGGUGCCAUCAUGGCUCCUGGAAAUGGCAGCCUGGCCCCUGACAACAGCUCUGCACCCUGCGGAAGCUUCGAGCAGUUGGAAUACUGGGCCAACAACUUUGAUGACUUUGCGGCCGCCCUCAUCACUCUGUGGAACGUGAUGGUGGUGAACAACUGGCAGGUGUUCCUGGAUGCCUAUCGGCGCUACUCGGGCCCGUGGUCGAAGAUCUACUUCGUGCUGUGGUGGCUGGUGUCGUCUGUCAUCUCGGUCAGCCUGUUUCUGGCUCUGAUUCUGGAGAAUUUUCUUCACAAGUGGGACCGCCGCAGUCACCUGCAGUCCCUUGCUGGGGACCCGGACACCACCUGUCAGAGGAGCGUGGAGCUCUUGUUUAGGGAUGUCCUGGAGGAGCCGGCGGAGGAGGAGCUGAUGGAGAAGCUGAGCCAUCACCCGCACCUGCAGCUGUGCAGGUGACAUCCAGGUGCACCGUCCCGUGUGGCCUCAGGACCCACGCCCGUUGUGGGAGGAGGCGGCUGCAGCCCGGAAGGAGUGACUUUCCCUUGGACGGAUGGACCUACUCCGCCCGCCUGAGGCUGGGGCAGAGAGCGGAGGCCCUGGCUCGCCGCCGAGCCGAACCACUAACUACCACCAGCUUUUCUUUGCGGCGGGGGGCCGCCUGUGCUCUGCGUGGCAUCUGCGCCACACCAGUCUCUCUCUACGCUGCUUCGGGGAGGCCUCUCUGAAUACUGGAAGAGCAUGACUCCGAAGGGACCUGCAAGAUCGUCGGAGAAGCAGGAAGCUGUGGCCUGCCUUUCGGGCUCUGUGAUUUCCGUGGUGCCUUCACUGCUGGCGGCCUUCAGGGACCAGAGGCCCACCCGGGGCUUGCACAGGCCAAGCGGCAGCUUUCCAGGGCAUUAAGUUUGGGAUCCUGGUGGUUUUACAUGAGGAGAAUCUUAACGGUUUUUUUAUUUUA